UUAUAAGCAGAGGCACCAAUUUAAAAACUUAAAAGCACAUAUUUUUAUUCGUCAGCUCCACCUCUGUUGCCCAUCUAAACUGCACUACCAACAUCUUAUUCUUCAUCAUCUCUUCGUCUUAUAGCUUCUUAUCUUUCCUCCAUAUCUGAUUCUAUCAACGUAAGCAGACUUUCAGUAUUGGAGUUCACAAUUCAGUGUGCUGAGCUCCUUGCGUAGUCAUGCAGCAGGUUGCGAGGAGGGGAAUUCAUUUCAUGCAGAAACUGAAUGCUGCAAAUGUUCCCAAUGAUUUGAUCGAAAAAGGCCAAAAUAGAGUUAUAGAUGCCUCCCUCACUCUCAUUCGUGAGAGGGCGAAGCUCAAGGCGGAGUUUGUGCGGGCCUUAGGAGGUGCCAAAGCAUCAACUUCACUCCUUGGCGUGCCUCUAGGCCAUAAUUCUUCAUUUCUUCAGGGGCCUGCUUUUGCACCUCCACGUAUUAGGGAGGCAAUCUGGUGUGGAAGCACAAAUGCGACGACUGAAGAAGGCAAAGAACUUAAUGAUCCUCGAGUCCUGACAGAUGUUGGUGAUGUUCCUGUUCAAGAGAUCAGAGAUUGUGGAGUGGAUGAUGAUAGAUUGAUGAACAUCAUCAGUGAGUCAGUCAAGCUAGUCAUGGAAGAAGAACCUUUGCGUCCAUUAGUUCUGGGUGGUGACCAUUCAAUAUCUUUCCCGGUUGUCAGAGCUGUGUCUGAAAAGCUCGGAGGACCUAUAGAUAUUUUACAUCUUGAUGCCCAUCCAGAUAUCUAUCAUUUAUUUGAAGGGAACAAGUAUUCUCAUGCAUCUUCUUUUGCUCGUAUAAUGGAGGGUGGCUAUGCACGGAGGUUGUUGCAGGUCGGUAUAAGGUCGAUAACAAGUGAAGGAAGGGAGCAAGGAAAGAAAUUUGGCGUGGAGCAAUAUGAAAUGCGAGCAUUUUCUAGAGACCGCCAGUACUUGGAAAAUUUGAAACUGGGUGAGGGAGUGAAGGGUGUCUAUAUAUCAAUCGACGUGGACUGUCUUGAUCCUGCAUUUGCACCUGGUGUAUCUCACAUUGAGCCGGGAGGUCUGUCUUUCCGUGACGUUCUCAAUAUUCUGCAUAAUCUUCAAGCUGAUAUCGUGGCUGCAGACGUGGUUGAAUUCAAUCCACAGCGCGAUACUGUUGAUGGUAUGACAGCAAUGGUUGCAGCCAAGCUGGUAAGAGAACUUACAGCAAAAAUAUCCAAAUAGAGGCAAAAACUUCUCACAUAUAAAACUCUCAUAAUCUGAUUAAUCAUUCUUACAUCUUACUACUAGAUCUAGUUAUAUCAAAUUGGGUUGUCUCCAAUCUCAAUGUUGUAUAAUGGAUGUCAAACUUUGGCUUUCUUGCCAAGCCUUGUUGAGAUAGCGAAAGCAUGAUUUCUGGGAUAGCCAUGAAAGUCUUAUAAUAGCUGCAUUGCUUCUGGUUCUCAACUAAAAUGUUCGCAAUCGAUGCUCCUUUAUAGCUGAUAUGUUUCCAGUGAAGUUUUCUUAUAUUGUUGAA